AUGUCGACAGAAUACCCGCACCAAAUUGCCCUUCUGGGCCUAGGAACAAUCGGCCUCUCAAUGCUAGCAAUGCACCUCCGCCGCCCAGACACAAGGAUAACAGUCUACGACCCACGCCCAGACACGGAGAGCCAGAUCCGAAGCAGUCUCCCCUCACUCCUGCAGUCCCCAGAGUUAUCCUCGGCGUUAGAAACAAGUAUAGUCGACCACCUCUUCAAAAUCUCCCGUCUGAAACUAGCACACACCCUCCAAGAAGCAGUGACGAACGCAACCAUCAUCCAGGAACAAAGUCCCGAAGUAACUACUUCCAAGCAAGCACUCUGGAAAGAGGUUACACGUUUCGCUAAGCGGGAUGCCCAUCUCUGGAGUAGUUCUUCGGGGAUAGCUGCCUCGGCGCAGGGUGCUACCUGUGACCCGGAAGACGGGGUAAGCGAACGGUUACUCGUUGCGCAUCCGUUCAAUCCGCCGCAUAUCAUGCCUCUUGUGGAGUUAGUUCCUGGACCUGAGACUCAGGGGGAAAGGACUGAGUUUGUGAAGGGGUAUUUUGGAGGCAUUCCUGGUCCGGGUCCGGGUAAUGCUCAGUCUGCGGCGCAUUAUCGGCCCGUUACGUUGCAUAAGGAGGUUCCUGGGUUUGUGGGGAAUCGGCUUGCGUUUGCGCUGUUGAGGGAGGCUUGUUCGCUUGUUGGGGAGGGGGUGGUUUCAGCUAGGGAUCUGGAUACUAUUGUGACGGCGAGUGUGGGACCUAGAUGGGCUGGCAGUGGUGUUUUUGAGAGCUACCAUGCUGGUGGUGGGGAGGGGGGGGAUUGGAGCUUUCUUGCAGAAGCUGGAGCCGACGAUUCAGGAUGUGUGGGGGGAUUUGGGGAAGAUUGA